AUGAAUAUCGAGAUUUGUUGUCAUGCACGUAGUCUGAAAUACCUUUUCAAGUAUUGCUUUAAAGGGCAUGAUACUGCAACUGUACAUGUCAGCGGAAGGAAGAAGAGAGUUUCACAGCAGAAUGGAGAUCAGGCUAUAGAUGAAAUUGAUGCAUAUUUUGAUGGUCGCUACAUUUGCGGUGCAGAGUCUGCCUAUCGGAUUUUUGGUUUUCCUAUACACCAUCGCACUAUAUCUGUUGAGCGCCUGCCAUUCCAUUUACCAGGUCAGAAGAAUUGCACAUUCCAUUCUAACCAGCCAUUAGACAAGGUUGCUGAUCGUGAGAAGUAUAGGUUCAGCAAGCUUGAAGCAUUUUUUGAACUAUGUAAAGUUAAUGUGGCUGCUCAGAAAUACACUUAUCAAGAAAUUCCAGAGCAUUUUGUUUGGGAUGAUGGUCAGAGGAAAUGGAAUCCAAGGAAAAGAGGUUUUCAGAUUGGACGUCUUUCCUACACAUAUCAUAGUAGUGGUGAAGUUUGGUUUAUGCGUUUAUUGCUCACCAAAGUGCGCGGUCCUACUUCGUUCGAAAGUCUGAGAACCGUAGAUGGAAUCUGCCAUGAUUCUUUUCGUGAUGCGUGCAAAGAGUAUGGUUUGCUCGAUGAUGACAAAGAAUGGCAUGAAGUGUUAAAUCAAUGUUCAAAUGGUGGUUUACCUCCGCAGAUUAGGCAGCUUUUUGUGCACAUUAUUGUGAACUGCAAGGUCACUGAUUUAUUACAGUUGUGGACAUCUCAUUGGAAGCAAAUGGUUGAUGAUAUUGUUUUAAAGAGAAGGCGUUUAAAUAAUGAUGAUACUCUCAUGUUGGACGACAAACAACUGCAGUUUUAUGCUCUUGCAAAGAUUGAUGACUUACUUAGGUCGAUAGGAAAAUCUUUAAGGAAUUUUCCUCAACUGCCUCAACCACCAGAGAACUACCUCAAUCAUGGAAGUAAUAACCUGAUUAUAGAAGAAACCAACUACAACAUUAAUAAGAUGGAAAAAGAAAACCAGAAGUUGCUUUCUACCAUGAAUGGCGAACAGUUAUCUGUGUACAACGCAAUAAUAGAAUCUGUUGGGAAGAACGAAGGUGGACUCUAUUUUGUUCAUGGAAGUGGUGGUUGUGGGAAGACCUUCCUUUGGAGGACUUUGAUUUCCAAGUUAAGAUCUCAAGGAGACAUUGUCCUACCGGUUGCAUCUUCUGGGAUCGCUGCCACACUGAUGCCAGGCGGUCGAACCGCACAUUCCAGGUUUAAAAUACCUAUUGUAUUGGAUGAAUUUUCUAUUUGUGGUAUAGGCAGUAAAUCAGACAUUGCUGAGUUAAUUAGGCAUACCAAACUUAUUAUUUGGGACGAGGCUCCAAUGCAACACAGGUUUGCCUUUGAAUGUUUGGAUAGGUCUUUGAGAGAUAUUAUGAGGUCUGUUGAUGAAAGUCGUGCAUCUCUUCCUUUUGGAGGAAUUACAGUAGUCCUAGGUGGAGAUUUUCGUCAAAUACUUCUAGUUAUACCUCAUGGAGACAGAGCUGAGAUAUUGGGAGCAUGUAUAACCAGAUCAAGGCUUUGGAAUAUUUGCAAAAUCUUUAUUCUAAAAAGGAACAUGCGUCUCAACACCGGUACAUCUCAGGAAGAAAUUGAUGAAUUAAAUGAAUUUGCCAAAUGGGUACUUGCAACAGGAGAUGGUAGGUUGGAGGUUGAUGAAGAAGCAAAAUCUCUUUUUGAUGAGCAUGGAAUUCAAGUACCACUGCAGUUCUGUGACUUGGAAAAUGACAACACAGUAGAGAACAUGAUUCGUAGCAUCUAUCCUGAUUUUAUACAGAAUUCCAGUAAUGCAAAGUAUUUGAGUGAAAGAGCCAUCUUGACUCCUACAAACCAAACCGUUGGCCAACUAAAUUCUCUCAUUGUUGAUAUGAUACCAGGUGAGGCAGUAACUUAUUAUAGUGUUGAUAGUGCUGAAGAAUUUGGUGGGACAGACGAGGACUUGAAUUCUGCCUUCCCUGUUGAGUACCUGAAUUCGCUCUCAGUUCCAGGGUUGCCUGUUCAUGAUUUGAAGCUCAAAGUUGGCGCAGUUGUGAUGCUAAUGAGGAAUUUGAAUCAAACACUAGGACUCUGCAAUGGGACUAGAAUGAUUGUGACCAAGUGCUUGAAAUUUUGUGUAGAGUGUGAGGUCAUUUGUGGAUCUUUUUCUGGAACUCGACACUUCAUUCCCCGCAUGGAGUUAAGUCCAAGUGAUUCUGUGUUACCUUUCAAGUUGGUGAGGAAGCAAAUGCCCCUGCAAAUCUGCUACGCCAUGACGAUAAAUAAAUCUCAGGGACAAUCUUUAAAAACUGUUGGUUUGUUUCUUCCGAAGCCUGUUUUCACACUGGUCAAUUCUAUGUAG